CCUCCUUCCUGGAGAGAUUGUUUAACGAGGCAGGGAUUGCACACGGCAGAGGGCGCGAGCCCGGGAAGGGCCGGAGCAGCUGGCCCAUCGAGAGCCCAUGAGCUCCCCGUGCCUCUCUCCGGGCUGCCACAUCCAGAAGAGGCGCCAGGGAGGCCCCAGCCCCUCCGAGAGCCAGGAGGCUGGACCCAAGGACGGGGCAGGUUGCAGUUGGCUGGGCCAGGACCCAAAGUGCCGGACAGACCUCCUCGCUUCCUCCAUCAAAGCAGGGAAGUAGCAGCCUGAGCCCUCAGGUUGACACUGACCCGGAGCCACUCUUCACCUGGACAGGAUGAUGAGAGUGUCAGGUCUGCUCCGCCUCGUGGCACUCCUCGUCACCCUGCUGGCCGUGUGGCUUUUCCUUCGAAGCUCCUUCAGCCUCAGCACAAAAACCAUCCGUCUGCCGCGAUGGCUGGGCUCAGCCCACAAGGAGAUCCGGGUCCCCAAGUCCAAGUGUGGUCUCAGCAAGCCCUGCCCGGCCAACUUCUUCGCCUUUAAAAUCUGCAGUGGGGCCGCCAACGUCGUGGGCCCCUCCAUGUGCUUUGAAAACCAAAUCCUCAUGAGUCCCGUGAAGAACAACGUGGGCAGAGGCCUGAACAUCGCCCUGGUGAACGGAACCACGGGACAGGUGUUGCGGAUGAACUCUUUCGACAUGUACAUGGGAGACCCCAACAGCCUGCUGAAAUUCCUCGCGGAGAUCUCCGAGGGCACGCUGGUGCUGGUGGCCUCCUACGACGACCCGGGGACCAAAAUGAACGAUGAGAUCCGGAAGCUCUUCGCCGGCCUGGGAAGCUCCUACGCCAAGCAGCUGGGCUUCCGGGACAGCUGGGUCUUCCUGGGGGCCAAGGACCUGCGCAGCAAGAGCCCUUUCGAGCAGUUCCUAAAGAACAACCCGGAGACGAACAAGUAUGAGGGCUGGCCGGAGCUGCUGGAGCUGGAGGGCUGCGUGCCCCAGAAGAUAUUUUAGGUGGCUGAGGCUCCUCCCAUCCCGGUGCCCCAAGAGGCUCUUGCCUGAGUUGGAGCUGGAGCCCAGGGGCUCGGGCUGGGCCUGCAGGGAGCAGGGACGACCCAGAAAGUGCUGGCCGCCCCUGCAUGCUGUGACUCGCUUCCCCUCUGCAGAAACAAAACUCUCCUGGUCCUUCUGGACCGCCCAGCGUGGGGAGAACAGAGGUGCCGGUGGUCUGUCCCCAGGAAAGACUGACUGCUCCCACGGGAGCAAAUUAAAUUUAUUUUUGCUGA